UUGAUUUAGCAAAUUUGCCUUAUAUUUGGGAUCUAAUUAGAUUCUUCUCAAUACGUAUUUUCAAAAUAUCAAAAAAAAAUUAUAAUUUUUGCUUUAAUAUUAUUUUUGAUGUUAACGAUCAAAAUUGUGCAUUGUCAUGCGUGAAAGUGACCAACAUGACGAGUAUUUCGGAAUGGAGGAAGUAUUAUUGUCAUUGACUAUACUUUUAGUAUUGUCUAAGACUUUCUCAUAGGCCCAUAGUCAUGUCAACAAUCAAUGAUAUCUACCAACUUACUAUCACCAUUUCAAAAUAAUCUUUACCCAUUACUUUUAGUCCAUUUCAUAAUGCAUUUUACACUUUACUAUACACUAUUUUUGGAGAUGAACAUGUACCCCACAAAAUUUACAUUUUUACACGGACUUCUUCUUACUUUAUUCAUUUUUUCUUACCCAUAUCUACCUUUUUACAUACUUUAGGUUACUUUAUUAAUUUUUUCUUAUACUCACUUAUUUUUUACACAUUUAUUUCAUUUGUCAUCACUAAUAUAGUAAUAUUUGUGCAAACAGUGAAGGUAAAAAACAUUAUGGAACUUAGGUAGUACAUAGUCCAUUUAUGGUCUAACUUUUUUUCUAUUUUGAGAAGUCGUAUUUGGUGUUCGCUUGCCUACGGAGUACUACACGGCACCUUUCAUCCUUAUUGCUGAGCAGUCACUAGAUCUGAACAUUGAUUUUAAAAUUCAAAUACUCUCAUCUCAGAAAACAUCCGUCAGUACAGUAGUAAUCAAAUAAGUUUGCUUAGAUUUCACAUUAUUCACAUUCCUUGAAACUUUAAAAAUCUUAGAUAUGGACUAAUCCCCGCGUAGACGCCUACCCAGUACCCACACACCCACCCACCCACCCACCCACCCACCACCUAAUUAUUUCUUCACGACCAUGUUGAAGACCAAUAUCUCAUCUUACCUGCAUUGGAUUUUGUUAUUAUCCUAUACCUUGAAUUUGGAUCGAAGUAGUUGUGAGUUUAGAUCCAAUGAUAAAACCAUAAUCUUACUAGCCGGGCAGAGCAACAUGGCAGGACGAGGUGGCGUAAUAAACGACAAAUGGGACGGUAUAAUCCCGGAGGAAUGCGGGCCAACCCCAUCCAUACUUCGCCUAGACGCGAAGCAUCGAUGGGUGGAGGCAACGGAGCCACUCCAUCGGGAUAUUGAUACUAAUCAUACUUGUGGGGUUGGGCCGGGUAUGGCAUUGGCCCAUGCGGUAGUAAGGAAGUCUUUUGAGAUUGGUACGGUGGGGUUAGUGCCUUGUGCUGUAGGUGGGACCAAUAUUAGUCAUUGGUCUCGUGGUGGUCAUUUGUAUAAUCAAUUGAUUAAAAGGGCAAUGGCUUCAUUGCGUGAGGGUGGGACUAUUCAGGCUUUGGUUUGGUAUCAAGGUGAGAGUGAUACGCUUUUAAAACAAGAUGCUGAUGCGUAUAACAGGAGAUUGUUAAACUUCUUUUUAGAUUUUCGGACGGACCUUCAGUCCCCUAUGCUUCCAAUUAUUCAGGUUGCCAUAACAUCAGGAGAAGGGCGUUUUAUAGAAGACGUGAGGCAGGCUCAGAUGGCAGUUGAUCUUCUGAAUUUCCAGACAAUUGAUGCCAAAGGAUUGCCCUUAGAGCCAGAUAACUUGCAUCUCACUACGCCAGCACAAGUCCAACUUGGACAGCAAUUGGCCCAUGCCUUUUUGCACUUCCUCCCUGGACAAGUACAAACUAAUGCUGGCAGUUUGUUGGUACAGAAUGCUGCACCUAGUAUUUCACACUAUAAUUUCUUUUACACCGCUCUUAUUGCUUCAAUUAUUCUUAUUUAUCACAUUUCACUACCAGUACAUAUACUAUAGAUUAUUCAUUUACGGGUCCUCGACUUUAUACACUUUUAAAUAAUUGUUGUACCAAAAAUUAUUUUUUAUAUUUUAUUUUUUCAAAUUAA